UUCUACCGUCGGUUAAUAUCUCUCUCUCUCUCUCACGUUUUUUUCCUCCCGUAGCAAUCCUGAAAACACUCUAUCGGAAACUUGAUAUGGAAACAAAACGAUCAAAGUCUACUGACGGAACAGUGAUUGAUGUGGAGCAAGAUAUAAUUAGCUCUUUACCAGAUGAUGUAAUAGACCAGAUUCUGACACACUUGCCAAUUAGGGAUGCUGUGAGAACAAGUGUUUUAUCAAACAAAUGGAGAUAUAAAUGGACCACAUUACCAAAUCUCGUAUUUAAUAGAGAAUGUGUCUCCGAAGCUUUCGAGGACUCUUUGGUUAUCAGGAGGAAGCUCUUAACAAUUAUUGAUCAUAUACUUUUACUUCAUUCCGGGCCAAUCAACCACUUCCAUCUCUCCCAUAUAGGUCCCAUUAGUGUGACCACUCUUGAUAAGUGGAUACUUUAUUUAACCAGAAGCUCUAUCAAAGAGCUUGAGCUGGUAAUUCGAGGGGUAGCGCAGCCGUAUAAAUUACCUUGGUGUUUAUUUUCUUGUCAAAGUUUACAAUAUAUAGCAUUAUAUAAAUGUUGGCUUAAUCCUCCGUCGACAAUUAAAGGCUUCAGGAACUUGAAAAUUCUUGGUCUGGAUAAGGUUACAAUGACUCAAGAUGCGUUUGAAAACUUGAUAUCCGGAUGCCCCGUGCUUGAAGUUUUGAGAUUGAUGAGUUUACAUGGUUUCACCCAAGUUAAUAUUCACGCGCCAAAGCUGAAGUUUUUUCACAUCUUCGGUGAAUUUGAGGGUAUAAGCUUUGAAAACACUUUCCAAUUGGAGAAGGUAAUUGUUGAUUUAAGUAAGGAUAUGAAUUCUGAAAGCAAUCAAAGUAGAUUGCAGGGAUUCUCCAACAGUUUGCUCAACUUUUUCAUUCAUCUACCUCACUUACGGAGCCUGAUGAUCGGUAGAUAUUUUAUUAAGUGUUUGGCUGCUGGUGUUGUGCCUGUAAAGCUUCCUACACCUUGUAUCAAUCUAAGUUAUCUCAACUUACAUGUACGUUUCAACAACUUGAUGGAAAUUUCGGUUCUUCUUUGCUUGCUCAGAAGCUCACCUAAUCUUCAAAAAUUAGAAUUAUAUGCGGGGAAGACUACCCUUUUAGAACCAGCCUCCUAUUCCUGGGAAGAUAUCUUUUCAGGCCCAACCAUGCCGCUCAGAAUGCGACAUGUGAGGUUAGAAGGCAUCUCUGGUACCAAAUCUCAAUUAGAUUUAAUCAAAUUUCUACUUUUAUAUUCUCCUGUGCUAGUGCAGAUGAUUGUGAACCCGGUUAAAAACGUCAAUCCGGAGUUGUUGACUGAACUAAUUCGGUUCAGAAGAGCAUCGGUACAGGUUGAAGUUCUUUACAACGUGUAAACCUCUUUGUAAUGUUUUUUAUUAUCCUCAAGUCAUCUAAUGUGUUAUGACUGAAGUUAAAAUUUCAAUGCUGCAUCAAAUUAUGAGAGAUUAAUAUUGAAGAUAAUACUUAUAUGAGUAUAAUUUUUUAUCUUACACCAAACUAAAAUCAAUUAGAAUGGAGAGCAUAAACCAAGCACAAAUGAUGAAACAAAGUAAAACAUAUAUGCAACUGGCGUUAUUUUACACUUAAUUUUUAAGCAGAAUGUCCAAGUCUGUUUGACUUGAA